CAAAAGAGACAUCACAGACAAUAGCUCCACUUCAACGUUUCUGUAACCCGCUCAAGAACCCAAGUCUGAGACCAUUCAAGCUUUUCUCGAAACCAUCGCAUUUCAAGCGUGAAAACUUUUUCAGUCACUCUCACCAUGGCCGCCAAACCGGCCGCCGCAGCCGCAAAGGCCAAGUCCAGACGCAGCAGGAAGAAGAGCCGCACGGAGAUCUAUUCCUCAUCCAGCAGCGAAGCCAGCAGCAGCAGCGAGAGUGAGAGCGAAAGCGAAGUCGAGCAGAAAAAGCCCAGCAAGAAACAGAAGACGACUGCCACCGCUCCCUCAACCGCCCCCGCCCCCAAGACCAGCAAAAAGGCCGCCGCACCAGCCGUCAAGAAAGCGCCAUCCCCAUCCCCAUCCCCCUCAUCAUCUUCAGCAUCCUCAUCGCCAGAGCCAGAGUCCGGCGCCCCGUCCACUGCCGCAGCAGCCGCGGUGUUCCCGUCCUGGUACCUGCGCACCGUGACGGCAGAGCUGGCCGAAGACCUCGACAAGGUGCGCGCGGCGCCCGAUUUCCGGGAUUCGGCGUUGCCGCUGCUCGUGCAUGCGCUGCAGCAGGGCGAGGGCGUGUUUACUGCGAGGGAGAAGGCGAGGGUUAUGGGUGCGGGGAGCGCUUAGGUGAACGGUGGAGGUUUGUUUUCUGUCUUCUAUUUUCGGGUCUGCGUUUCUGAAUCUCUCUCUUUGGAAGAGUCGAGGUAGAGGGAAGGCCAGGUUUUGGGUUGGCGUUUAGUUAAAAAUUGCUUUAAUAGGCAUUCGCCAUUGCCCUGCCGCGAGAGUAUAAAAAGUCUUCCAUC